AGAGUUGAAGAGAGAGACAGCGUGCACUGUACUCAGCCUCAGUUCCAAACUGCCACAGAAAGGCAUCAAGCAAGCCUUGCCGAGCACGCCACAGCCAAAGGGGAAAUAGCCACCAUGCCUUCGAAGAGCCGUUAAUCUGUCAGAGAAGGGCCCGACGGACACAUCAGAGGAGGCAGUACGAUGGUGGCAGCGUGCUCGGACACGCCCCCCCGACGCCGCUCCUUCCUGCUGUAGAGAACUCGCGCGCGGUUUCCCGAGGAGGGACUGGAUGCAGCCAUGAUGAUCGGUCCGGUCCCCCUCCUGCUCCUGCUGCCGAUACUCCCCCGCCCGGCCUCCGCGGCGCUCCUGGCGAGAGGGGCUAACGGGGAGGCUUUUGGUGAGCCGGCCGGCGCCCCCGAGGAGGACGGGAAGGUGCUAAGGAGAUCCAGACGGGGCUGGAUGUGGAACCACUUCUUCCUGCUGGAGGAGUACACGGGAACCGACUACCAGUACGUCGGAAAGCUCCACUCUGACAUGGACAAAGAGGACGGCAGCGUGAGGUACGUCCUGUCCGGGGAGGGCGCCGGCACCUUGUUCGUCAUCGACGAGAACUCGGGCGACCUCCACGCCACCAAGAGGCUGGACAGGGAAGAGAAGGCGUACUAUUCUCUCCGCGCCCAGGCGGUGAACAAGAGGACCGGCCAGCCCCUGGAACCAGAGACAGAAUUCAUCAUCAAGAUUCAUGACAUCAAUGACAACGAGCCAAAGUUCACCAAAGAUGUUUACACUGCCACCGUUGCUGAAAUGUCAGACGUCGGUACGUUUGUAGUCAAGGUGAACGCCACCGAUGCGGAUGACGCGACCUACGGGAACAGCGCCAGGCUGGUGUUCAGUAUCCUGCAAGGGCAGCCCUACUUCUCCGUGGAGCCCAACACGGGGGAGAUCAGAACGGCCCUGCCCAACAUGGACAGGGAGACACGCGAGCACUACCAGGUGGUGAUCCAGGCCAAAGACAUGGCGGGGCAAAUGGGCGGUCUCUCCGGCACCACCACGGUCAACAUCACCCUCACUGACGUCAAUGACAGCCCACCGCGAUUCCCGCACAGCUCCUACCACCUGUCUGUGCCGGAGUCAGCGGAGAUCGGCUCCACGGUGGGCCGUAUCAAGGCCAACGACGGCGAUGUGGGCGUCAACGCCGAGACACGCUACAGCAUCGUGGACGGUGAUGGGCGGGAGGCCUUCGCCAUCGCUACUGACAGGGAGACGCAGGAGGGGGUCAUCACCGUCAGAAAGCAUUUGGACUAUGAGAGCAAAAGACUUUACACGCUGAAGGUGGAGGCCUCGAACACUCACCUGGACCGCCGCUUCCUCCACCUGGGCCCGUUUAAGGACACGGCCGUGGUGAAGGUGUCGGUGCUGGAUGUGGACGAGUCACCUGUGUUUGGCAGGUGGUCUUACAUCUUCGAGGUGCAGGAGGACAAACCCGUGGGCAGCACGAUCGGGGUGGUGAGCGCCUGGGACCCGGAUGUUGCGGAUCAUCCAAUCAGGUACUCUAUAGACCGGCACACAGACCUGGACCGACUCUUCAACAUAAGCUCAGAGAACGGCUCCAUCUGGACCCUGCAGCCCCUGGACAGAGAGAUGUCAAAAUGGCACAACAUUUCAGUGGUGGCCACAGAGUCCAGUAACCCUCAGCAAAUCAGCCGCGUCCCAGUUUUUAUCAAGGUUCUGGACAUCAAUGACAACGCACCCGAAUUCGCCAUGUUCUAUGAGACGUUUGUUUGCGAGAAUGUCAAAGCAGGACAGCUCAUUCAGACUAUAAGUGCUGUUGACACAGACGAGCCCCUUAUCGGACACAAAUUUGUUUUCACUCUGAGCGCCAUCAAUCCAAACUUUACAGUCCUCGACAAUGAAGGUAACGUCUCCAUGCAGCCGUUUUACUUUUGAGAUCACAGCACCGUUGAGUCUUCUGCUGUGUGUGUGAUUCUUUA